AUGCCCUGCUAUUCCGACUCUGAUACUGGAAUAUCUCAGUCAGCCUUCCGAAAAUUCGGCAACAAGCUAUACCGUACCUGUCUCACGAAGGCUACCCCGAAGAUUGCCAAGAGUGUUCAAGACCUACCUUUCCCGUCGACUCUGAAGGGCGUUCAGUCGUUCUUGGGAAGCCUGAAUUACUAUAACAAGUUUAUCGAGGAUUUGCCUGUUGUCGCGGCUGUACUUUACGAGCUGGAUGAGGAUCGCAUUCGUGCCGGACAAGAUUUGGAUAAGGCUAAGGAAGCGUUCGAGAUUCUGAAACGUAAGAUUACAUCAACGCCGCUGCUGCGCCAUCCAGAUUGUACCAAGCCGUUUGUUAUCAUCCCACAUGCAAACCCCUGGGCGGCUUGUGCCGUCCUCGGACAGGAACAUGAGGGGAUCAUUCAACCAGUGCGCUUUACAGGGCGAGUUCUGAACGAGUCUGAACUCAGAUACCACAUCGUGGAGAAGGAGGUGCUGGUCAUCCUGCGAGUCUUAGAGCAAUUCCCCCCGUUACGGUUCAGAGACACCGAUCAUAAUAUAUACCCGUCAAAUUCUGCCGAUGGCCGUCACCUUAAGUGGGGUCUAGAAUUGUCGAAGUGGACUCUGGAACUACGCCGUGUGCAGCGCGAUGAAGAUGGAUUAGCUGCCAUCCUCGGUGCAGGUAUUACCCCCAGGGAUCAUUUAGACGAAGUCGCUGAAAACCUGAUCCCGGCUAAGGGGCGAAUCAAGGCACCUCUAGUAUAUGUUCUGAGCUUCGAUGGUGAAUCCAAGGUCUCCACUAGACAGGGAAGUAGUGGAUGUAUUUUGUGGUGUUUACCCGGCUGGCAUGUCCUGAGCGCCCAAGGUUUCCCUUUGGAUGAUGUGACUGUGAACCAUGGAGAGUAUCAUGGGUUGAUCAAAUGUUUGGAGCUGGCCGUCGACCGCGGUUUCAGAUAUCUGGUUGUAGUCGGCGAUUCCAGAAUCGUAAUCCAACAAGCGCAAGGGUUGAUAGGUUGCCACCAGCCUAAUCUGCAACGUCGACUUGCUGAGUAUGAAGCCUUGAAAGUGAAAUUCGGCUCCGUACGGUUGGUCCACGUCAAACGCAAUUAUAACCAGGCAGCAGAUUACCGACGAAGACAUUGGCACUCGGGAAAGCGUGGGUGGUGGAAGAUGCGGAUGAACUGA